CGCUGCCAAAAGCUGUGUGGUUCUUCCUCAGUCCAGAUUCCAGAUUUGAUAGCGCCCCACUUUACACAUAGCCUAGAGUCUCAAUCCAGAUUAUAUUUUCCUUCCAUCGCCCACCCCACCAGUCGUCAUUCGCAAAGCAGCAAAACGGCAUUCUAUACCUCCCAUCUCCAUUGCUUCAGUCGCAUAACCCCAAUCUCUCCGUCUCUCUCGGAAUACCACUUCACCCACCAAGUAAAGGAAGCCCACUAGCAGCACUACACAAGAAGAACCGAAGCCAUGGCUGUCCGCGCCCAGUUCGAGAACUCCAACGAGGUUGGAGUCUUUUCCACACUUACAAACUCUUACGCUCUGGUCGCCGUCGGUGCCAGCGAGAACUUUUACAGCGUCUUCGAGGCCGAACUCCAAGAUGUUAUCCCUAUCUGCAGAACCACCAUUGCCGGCACAAGAAUUAUCGGUCGCUUGACAGCUGGUAACCGCAAAGGUCUCCUCGUCCCCACUACCACAAGCGACCAGGAACUGCAACAUCUGCGCAACAGUCUGCCCGACGACGUGCGCAUACAACGUAUCGAGGAGCGCCUGUCGGCCCUGGGCAACGUGAUUGUGUGCAACGACCACACGGCGCUGAUCCACCCGGAUCUGGAGCGCGAGACCGAAGAGAUCAUUGCCGACGUGCUCGGCGUCGAGGUGUUCCGCCAGACCAUUGCCGACAACGUGCUCGUCGGCAGCUACAUGGCGCUCAGCAACCAGGGCGGCCUCGUCCACCCCAAGACAUCCAUCCAGGACCAGGACGAGCUCAGCUCCCUGCUCCAGGUACCGCUGGUGGCCGGCUCCGUCAACAGAGGUUCCAACGUCAUCGGCGGUGGCAUGGUGGUCAACGACUGGAUGGCCGUCACUGGUCUCGAUACUACGGCGCCCGAGCUUAGUGUUAUCGAGAGCGUGUUCAGGUUAGGAGAGGGUGCCGCGCCUGGCCAGAUCAACUCCAGCCUCAAGGAUACCAUGGUCGAGUCUUUCUACUAAAUCCAUUGGUUUUUCUUUUGU